GCGAAGUGUGCUAUUAACCGGUUCAUAAGGAAAGGAUUCAUCAUUUCAUUAGCUAAGAAACGAAUCUAUCAAAUGAAAUAACCGUUUUCCAUUGAGAAGUAGGAUACAGCGACCAUAAUAUAAAACGCAAGGAUGAUGAAUUUGUCCUACAGGCUUAGCUUGUUAUUAUGAUGGAUAGCUAGGGUAAAGAGAUGCAGUCUUAUCAUAACAAUGGAUGUAAGCACCGUCCUGCAGUUCGCCACCUUCUCUCGGGGCGUUUCGUUAUUGUUACAGGCUCUACUUAAUGCAGCGAUUCCAGAUCACGAUGCUGAUGCAUUCAGCCCUCCGCGGGCAGAGGAACCGCGCUUCCUGGACCCUGCAGUGGAAUGGUUAUUUGGCGGCCUCUCCCGCUGGGAUGCGGAACAUUACCUCUUCAUCGCUGAGAGGGGCUACCAGUACGAGCACAACUUUGCCUUCUUCCCCCUGCUCCCUGUGGUACUGCGGGGGCUGGCAGAAACACUGUGGCCGCUCAGCAGCUGGUUGACUAUGAGGGGGCGUCUGCUGCUGGCUGUGGCUCUAGGCAACAGCGCCCUCUUCCUGCUGAGCGCGGUAGCGCUGUACGCGCUCGGUCGAGUAGUCCUACAGGACAGACGUCUCGCCCUUGUGUCCAGUCUGCUUUACUGUCUGACGCCUGCUAACGUCUUUAUGAUGGCGGGAUAUUCCGAGAGCCUGUUUGCUGCUCUCACUUUCGGUGGCCUCUUUCUCCUGGAGAAAGGGUUCACCCUCAGAGCGUGUCUGGCCCUUGGAAUAGCCACAGCCUCACGCGCAAACGGUCUUGUGAACGUAGGAUUCCUGCUGUAUCUGCCUCUGCAACAGGCGCUGUCCCAAAUCCGCGCACAUCGUCAAACCGCGGCAGGAAACGGCCGAGUCUUCUACUACACUUGGGUUUCCGUCCGUCUGCUGUUCACAGCUGUGCUGGGCACGGGGCUCAUCGCUCUUCCUUUCUUUGCAUUCCAGUACUAUGGGUACAGGACGUUCUGCACCCCCUCCCUCUCCCCGCAACAGAUGCCCGCCGUUCUCCUGGCGCUGGCCGAGUCUAAAGGCUACAGGGUCCCCGACGAGAACGCUCCCCCGCCCCUGUGGUGCCUACGCCCUGUCCCCCUCCUCUACUCUCACAUCCAGGAUGUGUACUGGGAUGUGGGCUUUCUGCGCUACUUCCAGGUCAAGCAGAUCCCCAACUUCCUGCUGGCGUUACCCAUGGCGACCCUGGGCUCCGCGGCUGCCUACAUGUACUACCACGCUAACACGGACCUGUGUCUGAGACUGGGGCUGUGGUACGGGGGCAUGUAUCUACGAUCAGACAAACCCACACCUGGGUUCUACAACCCCAGAGUGUUUGUGUACAUAGUGCACGCCACUGUGCUUCUGGUGUUUGGAGCAUUCUGCAUGCAUGUUCAGGUGUUGACCCGGUUUUUGUCCUCAUCCUCUCCGGUACCGUUCUGGGUCAGCGCUCAGCUUCUCAUCCUCAACGAGCCUCUCCUCCGACGAAGCACAUCUUCCUCAUCCAAGAGGCAGCAACAGUACAGGGCAGCCAACUCCACUUCCUCCAGGAGUCUUGCGCCUCAUAACCCCAUCCUUGCACUAAUGCCUCACUGGAGAACAUGUUCCCCAACCACGCAAUGCAUCGUGGGAUACUACAUCUCCUACUGGUUGCUUGGCCUGGCACUGCACUGUAACUUCUUGCCGUGGACCUGAAUUACUGCACUGCACUGGACUCUGUGACCCUUCCUAUACAAGUUAGGGUCACAUUAUUUUCACGGUUAUGACGAGGGCAUGCUGUAGUUACCAUUAGAAUGUAUUUUGAAGAGGAAUGUCAUAUCAUUGUAUUUAUCCAUUAAGGAACCAUGGUGGUGGGUGUUAUUAGUAUAUGCAGGUGUCUUUACAAGAUACAUGUGUUAAAUAGACUUUUGGUUGUAUGUGAAGGCACAAAUAAUGUUCCACAGGGUUAAAUUGAUAUCCUGUUAUUGUAGCCAAUGCACUUUGUCAAUAAACACAUUUGAAUAAUUCCGUUCAUUUUGGGGUAGUUAACUGGUUGCUUUGACUUGUUGAAAUGUUCACUGAAACUAUUAUGUUAAAAAAUAGAUACCGUGUCUGUCUAAUGCACUGGAUGCUCCGUGCUCGAUGCUCACUCAAGUAGCUACAGUACAGUCAAAGGCAGGCCAGUUUUUAUAAAUACGUUCAGUUCCUGUUGCCAUAACAACGAAGGAUUUUCAUGAAGUUUGACGAAUUAUUUAGCUAGCAGCGUUGCUUAUAAGAUAGCCAGCAAACGUUCUCACAU